GAACUUUUGGCUUCUUAGAGGGAGAAAGGGAUCUGCCCGAGAGAGAAGAAAAAACCCGAAGAAGCGAAAUCAGGUUGCAUGAUUCGCAAGCGUUUACAACUCUUUCCUGAUAGUUGAUAUCAUUAGAUGGCCCGUACCAAGCAAACCGCUCGUAAAUCUACUGGAGGAAAGGCUCCCAGGAAGCAGCUUGCCACUAAGGCUGCUCGUAAGUCCGCUCCAACCACAGGAGGGGUGAAGAAACCCCACAGAUACCGUCCUGGUACAGUUGCUCUUCGUGAAAUUCGUAAGUAUCAGAAGAGUACUGAGCUUUUGAUUAGGAAGUUGCCUUUCCAGAGGUUGGUCCGUGAAAUUGCCCAGGAUUUUAAGACUGAUCUGCGUUUCCAGAGCCACGCUGUUCUGGCUUUGCAAGAGGCAGCAGAGGCAUACCUUGUUGGGUUGUUCGAGGACACCAAUCUCUGUGCGAUUCAUGCCAAGCGUGUUACCAUAAUGCCCAAGGAUAUCCAGUUGGCUCGGAGAAUCCGGGGCGAACGUGCUUAGAAGGUGAUGUAUUGUUGUUUGGUGGAUGGAAUUGGCUGCAAGGAGGAGGUGAUCAAAGACCCAAUUGAUGAUGGAUGCUGGAAGGUUCUUAUUUUUUGUUUUUAGCAACGUUGGUAGAUAGCCAUACUAGAAAACUUGUAGUGAAAUAUGGUGAAAAGGCAUAAUGCUUUGCCUUAUGCAUGUUAAUGUCUAGGUGUGGAUGAUGUGUUUCUUGUUCUUCUUUUUAUAGGAUGGAGGAGCUUAAUUCUGUAUUUCAUUGAUUGUGUUUUGUUGGGGUAUGCAGCCAAGCUAAUAUUUGUUGGAUUAUAACCUA